AUGAGCUCGACUCGCCCCAGAUGGGGUCCGCUCACCUCCUUCCUCUUCUUGUCUCCCUUGUUCAUUGCUCUUCCAUGGUUUGCCCACAAGCAUCAAUACACUCUCCCCGUGCCCAACUCUGACCUGUAUCACCCGACGACAAACCUGCCCCUCAUUUCAGAGUCUGCCAUCCUCGGCUAUGCAAAGUAUCUCUCCGAGGACGUCGGCUAUCGCACACCUGGCACGCGUGAACACGCGCUCGCCGACGCGUGGAUGGUUGACAAGGCGAAUGAACUCAAGGCCGAAUGUGAUAAGCUCGUAAAGGACCAGGGACGCAAGCUAGAGUGCGAGGUUUGGCGGCAGGAGGGAAGCGGUAGUCAUAGGUUUGACAUGAUGAACAAGCGCCUUUACAAGCGCUACGUGGACCUGUCUAAUAUCGUCAUCCGCGUUUCCGAUGGAACCGAAGCAGGCAAAGCCGACGCCGUCCUCGUCAAUUCCCAUUUAGAUAGUACCCUCCCCAGCCCUGGCGCUGCGGAUGACGCCCUCGCGGUCGGCGUGAUGAUUGAAUGUAUGCGCGUCCUGAUCAAUACCCCGGACUGGUCACCCAAGCACGCUGUCGUUUUCCUGUUUAACAAUGCAGAGGAAAGUUUGCAGGAUGGUUCACACCUGUUCUCGACGCAGCAUCCUAUUGCUAGCACCGUUCGUGCCGUCGUUAACUUAGAGGCUGCUGGUACUACUGGACGGGAACUUUUGUUCCAAGCCACGUCCGGCCAGAUGAUUGAAGCAUACUCCAAGGUACCAAGGCCGUACGGAACAAUUUUCGCGAACGAGAUAUUCAGCUCUGGCAUCAUUCUCUCGGAUACGGACUUCCGUCAGUUUGAGCAGUAUCUCAAUGUCACUGGCCUUGAUAUGGCAGUCGUCGGUAACAGCUACUUGUACCAUAUGCGCAAGGACCUUGUCGAGAAUAUCGAACCAGGUGUCGCCCAGCACAUGGCAGAAAACACGCUCGCCCUUCUGGACCACCUCUCCUCCGCGUCGUCGCCCCUGCCAACGCUCACAGACGGAUACACGAAGCCCACGACCGUUUUCUUCUCGCAUCUUGGCUUCUUCUUUGUGUACUCAUUUGCCACUGCCCGUGCCUUAUACACCGCCCUCUUUGUAUCCUCGGUCGUGCUCGUGCGGAUCGUCGCGACGGACUACGCGCCCGCACUCAGGCGAAGUACGGGCUCAAGCAUCUGGCACGACCAGAUGAAAGGUGUCGCAGCAUGCGUGGCGGGUGCCGUGGGCGCCAUUGUGGGCGCGAAUGUUGUUGCACUGCUUAUGAGCGAUCUUGUGCUCGGUAGGCCACUCAGCUGGUUUACGAGCGAGAGAGCACCAGUACUGCUGUAUGCGCCUGCUGCCCUUACUGGCGCGCUGAUCUCCCAGCUUCCCUUCGGCCCGAUUCACGAGAAGACGCUUUUCACCUCCCAGCUGCUCCUCACGUCCUUCCUCGCCGCUGCGGUACAGCUGGCAGGCGUCGGGUCUAGCGCGAUGUUCUUCCUUUCCUCUCUAUCCGUCUUCGCUAGCCUGAUCGUUAACGCGGUGGUGGUCAACGCGAACAGGAAGGGAGCGAAAGAGGGCGAGGUAUCGCUUAUCGCGUACGCAGUCGCACAGAGCGUGCCAUUGCUGACAGGCACGCAGCUCGUCACUGCAACGCUGGACGUGUUUGUGCCGCUGACUGGCCGCAUCGGUUCUGAUGCUCCCGCGGAGCACAUCAUAGCGACGCUCGUUUCCUCUAUGACCGCAUAUACCUUUUCGUUGGCGCUCGCAUUUGUGCAUCGCUUCGGUCCCCGUGUUCUGCGCCGCGGGAUUGUUUUCGCGCUCCUCGUAAGCGGCGUGUCGAUCGCAUACUUUGCACAGCGUCCCGUGUUCGACGAGAUGCACCAGAAACGGCUGUUUGUGAUUCACAACGAAUCGCUCGAUAGCAAGGAACAACACUUGCACAUCGCCGCUGCGGAUGGUGCGCCCGGGUUCGAUAGACUCGUAAAGGACAUUGCGGACAAGUUCGGUGCGGACGAUGUUCCGCCUCGCGCGGUGAUUAUGGAUGAUUGGAAUACGGAUUGGGAUACGCUGUAUCCUUUCUCUGCUUUCCUAUCGCCAUACAAGAUCGACUUGCCGCUCGAUCCGGCGUACGAGGCCCCGUGGCCGCCUGCAGAGCGGUUUGCGGUUACAGCGGUGGACAAUGUUGUUGAUGAAGUGCAAGGCACGCGGAAGAUGACGCUCAAGAUCGAGCACCCGGGGAUUAUCUGGACCGUGAUCACGUUUGAUGCCCAAGUCGUUGCAUGGGAGCUGGACGACCAUCCCCCUACCGAAUUUGCGCGGCAUCACAUUAAGGAGGCCUCCUUCUACGGCCGUGACACUUGGACGCUAAACCUUACCAUCAAGCUCCCUAAUGAUUCUUCCACUUCCACCGCCACCGCCACCACAGGUGCCACCACCGACAUAGGAGGACUAAAGGUCGACUUCAUCGGGAUCCAGGAGCGCCGGAUGUGGCCCGGCAAGAAGGCUGAUUCGGACGGGAGUCAGGCUAUGAAACUGUUCAAGGCGUUCGAUGAGUGGCUUGAGGAGCACGAGGGCGGCACGGUGGACGCGAUGAUUCUUGGGUGUCUCAGCGGGUCUGCUAUUGUUUGAGUCCGUAAGCAGUCAACUGAACAACUAAACACGCGAAUUUGAGAAGAAAUUUUAGAAGCUACACGGCAGACGUCUAGACGAUACAGGUAGUCGCUCGCAUGGCUAGGUACAUACUCCACAAAGGGCUUAAUCACCGCAUUGUAUAAAGAACGUGAC